AUGACUGCUAACAAUUCAAAAUGUGGCGUUGGUGUGGCAUUCAAAGCUAAAAUAGCAGCCCUCAAAGUUCUCGAUGAAAGCCAAAUCCUCAACGAUGCCAUUGAAGGAGACUCAUUGGCUUACAAGUCUGCAAUUUCGUCAAAAUUUACGCAACUUAAAGUUAAGGAAACAAAUGAUCAGAUUGACAUUUACUCUGUGAGCUGGGGACCGAAGGACGACGGUCGCUCAGCUGAACGACCGGGACCACUCGCUCAGAAAGCGCUGGAGUACGGUACGAUGCAUGGACGUCGUGGGCUAGGUUCGAUUUACGUUUGGGCUAGUGGCAACGGUGGUCGAAAUGACGAUGAUUGUGCCAUGGAUGGAUAUGCAAGCAACCUAUAUACGAUCGCAAUCGGCGUAGCUUCAUCGUCUGGAUCUCCUCCAUGGUAUGCGGAAGGAUGUAGCGCCGUACUGGCUGCCGUAACCGAAGGCAGAACAUCCACCGAAGGAAUG